AUGGGAAAACUGAUGCUGUGUUUGCUGUUGGGUCUGUGUUGUCUGCCAGGUGCAAUGUCGCUGACAGGUGGAUGGGUUGAGAUGGACCCGUCGUGGGUGACGUCAGAAGGCGAGGACAGUGACGGAAAACUUCCCGGGUACGUCGUGGACGACAACAUGGGGUCGAGCUGGAAGGGUUCUCUCAGCGCCACCUGGCGACUUACCUUCGACCUGCAGGCCCCCAUGACGCUGUCCCGCAUCCGUAUCUGGAAGUACGGCGGCCCGCUUGACGUGACGGCCUGGCGGUGGGCGUCGUCGCGGCGACAGUGGAACGUCGUGACGGAACAGACGGGUGUGGAAGAGGAGCUGAGCGGGUUACUCGUCACAGCACAGAAAUGGCGCCUGCAGUUUUCAGCGCUGUCUGUGUCCACAGAGAUCAACGAGAUCCAGUUUUUCCAGGCCUGUUCAGAGUUAGACAUGCAGGUGUGUACAGACGGGAACUGUGAUGUGUACGAGUUACUGUGUGACGGGGUAGUGGACUGUGAUGACGGCAGUGACGAACGAAACUGCACCAUGGAGACGUGUGCAAAUGGUGACGUCAUCAACAAGACACGGGUGUGUGACGGACAAGACGACUGUGGAGACAACUCAGACGAACGGAACUGCUCUGUUGGUGCCUGCAUGAAUGGUAGAGCGUUCCAUCUGAGUACCAGAUGUGACGGUUUGGACGACUGUGGGGACAGUAGCGAUGAGCUGGAUUGCAACUGUUACUACCUACAGGACAAAGGCACAAGCUACAGGGGCCUGGCAAACCGGGACGAGACCUGUCAGUACUGGACAUCUCAGUACCCCCACGCCCAUAACCACACUCCCGAGGCCUACCCGUCAGCAGGGCUGGAGCGGAACUACUGUAGGAACCCGGACGGGAAGGACAGGCCGUGGUGCUACACCAGCAACCCGCUCAUCAGGUGGAGCUACUGCAAUGAUGUCUUCGCCUGUGAUGCCAAACCGACUCGUUGUUUCUAUCGAAGUGACAAUGGUAGGAGCUAUGCGGGGCGCAUCAACAGGGCAGGAGAGAAGGUGUGUCAGAGAUGGGACUCCCAGUCCCCCCAAAGCCAUCCCCACACACCGCAGGCUCAUCCUGAUGCGGGGCUGGAGGAAAACUUCUGCCGUAACCCUGACAACAAGGACCGGCCCUGGUGCUACACCACAGACGUCGUGUAUAGGUGGAGCUACUGUGACGUCAUGGAAUGUGCAGAUCCGACCUAUGUUAGCGUCAAUGAGGAACGAUGUUGGCAGCCAUUGCGUACCUCGUGUAAGGGACUAUGUGGACAGCGUAGCCUGGACGUCGUGAAGUGCAACUGUGACAAGAACUGCCGCAUGUUUGGUGACUGCUGCCCAGACUUUGAUGAAACGUGCAGCGACACGGCUCAGUCAACAACCAAUCACCGGGACGAAAAGUGGAAGUGUGUGCCUGGCUUUUACAAGGGGACCUCCUAUUGGUUGGUCGCCGACUGUCCUGACGACUGGACAGAUGACGUCACAAGGCAACAGUGUCUGAAGGAAGUGGAUUCCUUCAACCCAAGCGAACUGGCUUACCGAAUGCCUGUUCACAAGGCAUCAACGGAUGUCUCCUAUAGAAACAUAUUCUGUGCUUUCUGCAACAAUGUAUCUUUGGCAGAGGUAGUAGCCUGGGACUCUUCAGUUGAGUGUACUGGCCUGAUAAAUUCAUCUACACAUACUGAUACCUCGCAAAAUACACAAGUCUACCACACUAUAGUUGGUAAUGGCACGGAUUGUCCUGGGACCGGUAGGUUAGAAUUCGUGAGGCAGUAUGGUCGACAAUGUUUUUAUCAUGAAGCUGAUCCUUCCAGUGUUAACUGCGAAGAAUCUGCCUGUAUGUCCUAUAGGCUUGUGGUGAGGAGUAGGUAUAAGAAAUACAAUAACAUACACUGUGCGCUUUGCGAAGGGGUUUCACUGGCCGCCAGUGCAAACUUAGAACCUUGUGUACGUUAUGGCGGGGACGUACAUAACUGCUUCCCAAAGUGUAUUUCACUGACCAAUCUCUUCAAUUUCGGUGAUGAGGAGGAAAGCAGCGUUACGCAUUGCCCCCUGAACAGCGUAUACGACCCAUUUGUAGACACGUGCAGGCUUCUGAAGGUCGAUCAAACGAGCCAGGGAUCAGCAAACGGAAGUGCCCCGUUACAAAACUGCAGCGCGGCGGCUGUGACUUUCACAGCUGAAGAGUUCGAAGUUCUACCCAACGGUAGUGUCCACCUCUUGAGCGCGAAUGUAACAUGCCCGGCCGAGCAGGUGGCCAUUCAGAACGCAACAGCGCUAGUCUGCGGGGAGUGCGUCCUGCAAUACUUCUCCAACGACACGCGAGGAGGUGAAACAACUAACCCUUGGGAAGCCGACCAGGGGUACUUAACACUAGGCCUGGUGGUAGUGUCAGUAGUGGCGGUGAUUGCGUUCGUUUUCUACAGCACCCGGCCUGACCAGUGGAAGAAAAUGUCGGGGAAGCUAAAGGUUCAGAUGAUUCUGUGCAUGACGGCUGCUGAAUCCCUGUUUGUAGGGCGAGUGCUUGUCCCCACAGGUCCAGCUUGUACAGGCUACGCUAUCCUCCUUCACUACCUUCUUCUCACCGCUUUCUCUUCUAUGAACGCGCUGUCUUUGGAUCUCUUCCUGACGUUUCGCCAGGAGUCUGAGAGAGCAGCGCUGCGUUCCUACAUGCUGUACACGUGGCUGAUGCCGGUCCUGUUCUUGGUUCUGACGGUGUUUGUGGAGUUCUGCCCCUGCAGUAGUAUCAGGGUGGGGUACGGGCAGCAGGCGUGCUGGAUCGGGAACCCCACAGGCAGCUUGGUCGUUUUCGGGGUCCCAGUCAUGUGCGCUCUUCUGGCCAACCUUGUGCUCAUCAUCCACACUUUACUGGCCAUACGGAAGUCUUUCAAGAUAGCUGAUGCUGCGCUUGUCCGCUCGGAUAGCAGCAAGGCUUGGGUGUACCUGCGUAUCUCCUUUCUGACAGGGUUCACCUGGAUCAUCGGCUUUAUCGUGCCGUAUGUCCGCAGCAGGCCUCUGGAGUACAUCUUCAUCGUGCUGAACGCCUCUCAGGGCCUGCUGCUGACGCUGCUGCUCACCAUGACGUCUGACGUGAUGGUGAAGUGGAUGUCGCGGAUCAGAGAGCGCUUCCGGCCGGGGGAAGCUCGCCAGGGCGCCGGCCGGCAAACCGCCUCUGCCGCCGGUACCCAACAGAGCUCGGUUAGUGGUACCGGCCGUGGUACCGCCCGUGGUAACGCCCGUCCUACCGUCCGUGGUACUAGAGCGACGGCACAUGGAACUAACCCUGCUACAGACAUACCCAUGAAGGAAUUGGGCCGUGUUGACAAGAACAACACUAAAGACAGCCGCAUGGAUGUCAUCGAGGAAUGCGACUGA